AUGCAGCCACUGCACCAACCCCUGUUCUCGCGUGGCGGCCGGCUGCCCUCCUACUCUUCCGCUGCCUGUACACCAGGAGAGGCCCAGAGGUCUUCUGUAACUACACCUCUUAAAUUGAAGGACUCGCAUCAUCAACGGCAACCCUGCAGUACUCCUUCCUCUGUACUUCCUCUCGACAACCGCCCCCCUGGUGCUGUCAGGCGGGAGGGCCCCCUCUCCCAAAAUACAACUUUCAGCUCUCCUCAUGAGGAGCUCCUUUGUCCCAAUUCUUCUCUCUGGACAUCCGCCCUCCUGUCUUCAUCUCAUUUAUUGGCCUCUGGGCCCACCGCUCUCCCUUCCGCAACGCAAGGACGGCAACACCAGCCAGCAGCAAAAUUCUGCAGCAGCAACACCAGCAGCAGCCAGGGUAAGGGCCUAUACUCUAGCAGCAGCUUUCACUCUACCAUUUCAACAGCUGCAACCAUUUCUACACCAGAGCAGCAGAGACCCUUCUCCACGUCUCGUGGGCCGCUCAGCAGCAGAACAGCUGCAGGGGUUAGGUGCCCUUCCCCAUCUCGGCCUGUAGAGGCCUUGGGGGACCACGCUAUCCCAUCUGUUGCAUCAUCUAUUCAUCCUUCUUCUCCGUUUAUCACGAGCAGUGGCAAUGCACUGAAAGAGGGGCCUUCCAAGACCACCCGUUCCUUGUCCCUAACACGGGACCCGAGCCUACGUCCUGCUCAGGUGUACGUACAACGCUGCAACCAAAACCACACUCUGCUGAAGAACGCAUCCAGCAGCAACGGUAACAUCAGAAACCACAGCAGCAGCGGCAACAGGGGUGGGGAAGGCUUCUUCACCCUGGCUGCCUACAGGGCUACCGACUCGCUCCGCAGCAGUAGAAAGGGGGAUCCUCUCUCAUCUUCUGGGGCGUCGGGGGCCCCCUCCUAUGACUGUUUAGUUGCUAGUCGUCCUUUGCCUUCUUCUGGUUUGCAUUCUACCUCAGGGGCUACAGACAGAUCCUUGGGGGGGCCGUCUUCUUCAGCACCAGCAGUAACCCCCCUACAGCUGCGGCCUUUCCCUUCUCCUGCAUAUUUGAAGGGCCCCUCAUCAAGCUCCUUAGGACCCCCUUCUUUUUAUUCAGUGGGUUCCUCCUUGUCUCGAGGUGGUCAGUCCUCAAGGGCUUUGGGACCCCCCAUCUCUUCUUCCCCGUUCAGAACCCCUUCCUCCGGGGCCCUUCCCUCUUCGUCCUUGGGGGCCCCUCCUUCCUCUGCUGUCCUUCAGAGGGAGUUUCGCCUUUCUCCCCCGUCGCUACUGCAUGGGAAGGAUAAAAGAUGGCAAGAAGACGACCAAAACAUUCAAGCUGACGAUAUGCAGCAGGAGCAGCAGCAGCAGCAGCAGCAGCACGUACAGCAGCAGCGCCAUGUGGAGCAGCUGCAGCACCAGUUCAAGCUAGACCAACUCCAGCAAAAGCAGCAGCUGCUGCAGUCCCAGCUGCAGCAGCUGCGGGAUGAGGUGUAUCUACAGCGAGAUCCCUUGAAUGAACAGUUGAUUCCGCCUUCGGCUGCAGACCCCCUUGCGCUGCUGGAGCAACGCGGGGCAUCACAUCUUUCCCACGAUCCCUUUCGUCCUGCUCCACCUCCUACGCCCCCUGCUGCUGCUGUUACAGCCUGUGAUGCUGGGGGAGAGAAUAGCGCGUUUGUUGCUGGUGCUCGUGUGCUCGAACCCCAAAGACAUUCUGGUGACCUCCGGACAGAGUCUAGCAUGCAGAAGCAGCCGUAUCAGCAGCAUGCGUACUAUCCGCUGCAGGGUUAUCAUCGCCACCAGAAAGAACAGCCCCAGCAGCAGCAGCAACAGCGCGAUGAGCAUCAGGCAAGUGCACAGGAGCGCCCUGAGAUAUUUUCGAGAUUGGGUGUGACUGUGUUGGAGUGCAUCCAAAGCUCGCUGUUGCGCCGCCGAGUAUGUGGUUUUAUAACAUACUUAAAAGAACUGUUUCAAGAUGUGGACAGGAUUCCAGCAGACAGUGUCCUGCCGUGUGUCUUGACGCUGGCGUCUGCUGCACAUGGCCUUCCCAGAUCCGAAGGUCCCUUGGGGCUCUCUUGGUGCUGUCUGGCAGGAGCAGAACUCAGCAGAUUGGGACCUCCCACCCACACGGGGGCCCCGUCUAAGUGCAUGGAAGUUGGCUUAUGUGUGAAGGACAUAGUUCUCCUGCGCCUCCUCAAUACUCUCUUUGCUGCCCGCAGCCUAAAGACAGCUCAACUGAAAACACACAGCAAACGCAACAAAAACCACACAUGCAUAAACCAAACCGCAACGUCAUCAUCAACAACAGGAGAAACAGCAGAGAGGGAGGGGGAAAACGGCAGAGAUGGGACUUCUGCGCAAGGAGUUGAGAGAAGAUGCUCACCGGUGACGCUGUUGCUGCUCGCUCGCGAAGGCAGCAAACAGAUUUAUGUGAAGCUGCAGCAAACUCCGAGGAUGAGGCUAGAUGACUGUUCUCCUAGCUCAAGUUCUGCUGCUGCUGCUUCUGGUAGUGGUUCAGCGGAAGAUGAGCAUUCAGCAGACAGCCACGACAUAACAGGACCAACAACUUCUGAGACGACUACCAUCUCCCUUGCAACGUGCAGUUCACUAGCUCUUGCACUCUCGGCCCUUGAAAGCUUUGGGUCCGCCCCUGGUCCUACUGCUGAUGCUUCUGCUGUUGCAGGGCGGCACCUGUGUUAUUCCCCUUUGCUUCGUUGGCUGUGGCGCGAGGUGGAGGAGCGUCGGGAGAAGGCGAUGGCCUUCGACAUAUGCUCCAUCGUGCUGGCCAGGACUGCUCGUUGCAGCAGCUGUAGCAGUAGCAGCAGGACGAUGAAGACGAUAAGGAGGAGCAUGAGCAGCAGCAGCAGCAGCAGGAGCCAAAGCAGCAGCAGCAGGGGGAUGGGGAGCAGAGAGGCUGGUUUAUUGUUGCUGCUGCCUCCGCGAGAUAAUCUCCUGGACUGGCUGAACUGUUGCAGCCCUGAUUUAGCGGCUCUGCUGCUACUGUCACUUUCUUCUUCGUCUUCGAGCCUCUCUUCUGCUGCUGUUGGUCAAACACUGUCGCUGCUGCAUGCCACGGCCUCUCAGCUGCAUCAAUGUUCUUCUGUUGGCGUGGCGGCGUGGUGGAGGGCCUUUGGGGAGUUGCAUCUUUCUUUCGAUUCCCUUCCUCUUCUCCUUCACCCCGCAGUUGAUGCCCUAAACACAUGCAUGCACCGCCUCCCUCUGGGGUCCCCUCUGGCCGACGUCGUGUGGGCAGCCUGCCGCUCAGGCGCACUCCGUCUAUACAAUCCCACCAUCAGCAACAGCAGCAGCAACAGCAAAAGCGGCACCAGGACGGAUGGCAAUUUGUCUCACUUGUCGGAGCUGUUACCGCGAGCUGCCCGAGCGGCGCUGCAGCACGUUGAGGUUUUCCAGGUGGAGGAUAUCUGCCUCAUCGCCUGCUGUUGCGCCCUUCACGCAAAAGGCUAUCCAGGAAUCAAACCUAACAGUAGCCGAAGCAGCAACAGCAGCAGCAGUGAGUGGAGUUAUGGGGGCGUGGAGGUGCCUGUUGAGUUUGCCAUCCGGGGAGGCGAUUUAAAGCAAUACUGCCUCCUCGCAGCUACAAAGCUGGCAGAUACCGGGCCCACGUUGCUGCUAGGGCAUGCAGACAACAGCAGCAGCAGAAUGGGCGAGGGAGACUUCGGGACAAAUAUGCUGCAAGAGGAAGACGGCCGCAUACACACCGCCGACCAUAGACAGCAACAGAACUCUUUUGCUUCUGGAACUCAACGCCAAUGCGGACACCUAAAAGCAUUCACCGGCCUUCACAAAGAGACGGAGACAGAAGCGAGGACGAAAACAGAAAUAAUUACAGAGACAGAAAGAAAGACAGAAGCUGAGUCAUUGGCUGUAGAGCUGCUGCGGGCCAUGUCCGCCCACUUUGGCGCGGAUGCCUUCGCCGCUUCUCCGAAGGCGAGUCGACUCCGCCGAUUUGCGGAGCACCUGAUGAGAAGUGCAAUACAACAACACCUCCAACACACCAACUUGCGCUGCUGCAAUGAAAGCACCACCAGCAGCAGCAAUUGCUUCGGCAAGGGGGCUGAGUUUUGUGGCUUUUUCGGUGCCGGUUCUUCCGCAGCAGCAGGUGCUGCUGGUUCUGGUGGAUGUUCCUUAUCCGUACGCGACUUAGUUGAGGAAGAGGACUCACAUAACACCAACAAAGAACUUGGAGCAACGACAGUAGCAGAAACAGUAACAACGGGCGCCGAUGGUGGAAUGCGAACCCCAGCGGGCGGAGGAGGGUGGAUAUCUUGGGGACUGAAACGGUUCAGCAUAAUUCGACGGUCGCGGAAGGCCGCAGCAGCAGAAAUUAAGGGAGAUGAGGAGAGGAGAAAUAGCAGCUGCAGAGACAACCGCAGUUCAUUUGCCUCUAUCGAGGACGAAGAAGAGGAUCUAAACAACAGAGAAAUGAACCAACCUGAGGAGAAAAGGAAGAACAAAGAAAGGAACAGACCGCUUCCGCCGACAUCUACUAACCGACUCUGGCCCUGGGCUGCCUCUGCAGACAGCGGAGUGAUGAAGAUGGGGACGGAAGGCGACGAGGAAGAAGAAAUGCCACUUCAAUGUUAA